AUGAACCUAUGGCAUCCAAUAAGUCGGAACAACUUGAAUGAACAAGGCGGAUAUAGGCAACAACGACAUUGUGGCGUCCUUUUAGGGGCAAAAGUGGAAUUCACUUCAAAGUGGAAAAAGUGGAAGUAUGCUGUGACAAUAAAGCAUCUAGAAUUUAGCUAUGAAGACAAGGUUCUUUUAAAAAAAGCUAACAUAUCAUUCGAAAGGGGUGGUAAAGUUGCCAUAAUUGGGCCAAAUGGUUGUGGAAAGAGCACUCUACUUAAGUUAAUUAUGGGCUUACAAAAGCCCAACAGUGGUGAAGUAGUUCUUGGUGAACACAACGUACUUCCAAACUACUUUGAGCAAAACCAGGUAAUGCUUCAAGCCCUUACUUGCCAUCCACGCCCGAUUCUCUAUCUACAUUCAACUGAUUGUCAAAACCAAUACGUCAACCGAAAAAUAAGAGCAAUAUGCUACUGGAAUUAUGGAAAGAUUAAUUCAAGGAAAAACAUUGAAAAAGCUCAAGGAAAAGGAAAAGGAAAACAAGUUGAAAAAGAUGCAGAUACAGAAGAAAAUGAUGACAUUAGUGUAGAGAAUUAUUUCCUUUUGAUACAAAGUGAGUUUAAAACCAUUUUGGAGUGUAGAAACAGUAUUCAAAAAACAUUGGAGCAUGCACUUCAAAAAUAUCCAGAUGAUAGAGAACUAUAG